UGGCUCACGUACAGUGCCUCAGAAUACAUGUUCGGAAUACUUGUUCGGAAGCAAUUUUACCAGUAAAUAAUAAAUUAUGUUUUAGUUUUAUUAAUUUUAAAAGGAUUACGUUGAUAAUAUGAAGUAACAACUUAAUUAUAUUUUCUUAUCCCACUGUUCUGAAGCCGAUAAAUAAACUAAUACAAAAUGCCUAAAACAAAAAGCUAUAAUUCAAGUGCAGAUAGCCCAAAAAAGAAGAGAGUAAAACAAAAUCAAGAUUCAAAAGUUGCAGGUUUGUUAUUAAUUUUUUUUAAAAUUAGUACAUGUCAUUAUGCAGCUUUACAGACUACAGACGAGGACAAGAUGGAGCGAAUUCAACGUAACGCGGUGCGUUUUAUCGCUCGAGACUACAAAUCCACCACUCCUGGCUUCGUCACUGGCCUCUUAAAAAGAUUUUACAUCCCCGCCCCCUUAAAGACAGACGAGAGGGACUCCGCCUGAUAUUCUUAUAUAAAGUGAUCAUGGGACUGGUGCUGGCCAUCCCAGCAGGCACGCACCUCACCCCACAGAAGCCGGGUAAACUGAUCAGAGCAAAACGCUCACUGAACACUGACUUCACCACUGACAUUCCCAUAAAUAAUUACACCCGAAACAAUAGCAAAUGCUUUAAAGUGCCUCAGUGCAACACAGUGCAGUAUCAACAAUCUUUCUUCCCAUGCACUAUAAUAGCAUGGAACCACCUGGACAAUGCCACUGUGAACUCGACAUCGGUCGAAAGCUUCAAGGCUGCCGUGGAAUCAGCUAGGAGCUGUUAGAAUAGCAACAUCAUACCCCAACCGUUGCAAAGAUGCCAUUACAUGGAUGCAGCAACGAAACACUACCAGAACCAGAGCAAUAACACACAGUUGAUACAGCUGAUGUUUAUCUCUAGAAAUAGCUAUAAAUUUGAUACAUUAUUUAAAAAUCAAUUUGUAUAUUCUUCAUAGCAUAAGUCUUGUCUAGGGCUCAUGGAACCUUUUAAAUGCUUUUUUUUCUUGUAAUGUUACUGUUACAGAUGGAUCAAAGAAGAUUAAAACUGCAAAUUAUCCCAAAAUGUCUGUGAAUGAUAGUGGCAUACCCUGCUUGUCAAUGUUACCAAUGCAAAAUGACUGGAAAGAGGUUCUUGCACCUGAGUUUGAAAAAGAUUAUUUUGUUCAGAUUGAGCGGCUUCUUGGUGAUGAGAUUGCAUCUGGAGCAACUGUUUAUCCACAAAGACAUCUAAUUUUCAAUGCUUUUGAUAAAACAUCUUUAAACAAUGUGAGAAUAAGAAAUAGUAUAGACCUUUUAUUCUUAGCUUAGACUUAGACAUAUUUAAAAGUUAUUUAGUUCUUUAACAUAAUCUUGUAGUGGCAGCAUGAUUUUAAAUACAUUUUAAAAAUUUCAUAUACCGGUACCGGUAGUUGUUAAAUGUAAAGAAAAAUGAAUUAUUAAAUUAUUAGUAAUAUAAGUCACAGAUUAUCACAUCAUUGCCUAUUUUGGGAAAGUUAUUUCCCUUAUUAAUUUGUAAUCAGUAAACAUGUUAUUGCAUUUAAACUAGAAUCAUUGCCUAUUAAUUAUUAUUAAUUUUUGUAGGUCAAAAUUGUUUUGCUUGGGCAGGACCCUUAUCAUGGUGAUGGGCAGGUAAACAGUAUUGUCAUUAGUAGUCAGCAAUGUGCUACUAUUUAAAUUUAAGCAACUUAUGUUACAGUAAAUGUCAGAUGGAAUAAUUUUUAUCAGUAAAUUUUUUACAUUGUAUUUAUAUUAUAUUCUCAAUACCGGGUACCUGUUCCUUAGAUAAGUCAGUUAUAAAUUAAAAAUACUUCCUUUUUUUAAUGCUAUACAUUUUCAUGUUCUGUAGAUACUAGAGUGGUGCAGGCCACAGUGGGUGAUACCAGUGGCAUAUCUAUAGUUGGUGUGUCAUCCAGUAAGGUAAACUCAUGGAGUCACUGGCUCCAGAUUUUCCCAGGUCUGCCUGCUCCGGUGAAACGCUGCCCUUGUGAAAAAUUGCUCUUGUAUUUAACAACAAUGGGUUAUGAAACUGAUUCAAGCGAAGUCUGUUAAAUUUUAUGUUUCCAUUUUGGUGUCACCCCUUCUGACAUCAUCACCCAAUGUUAUCUGCACUCAUCGCUAACCCAAGGGAUGCAAAUUUUACACACCUCACCAAUGUGGGUUUCGUAUCACAGUUAAAUACAAGUCACAGGUGCCCCAGUGGAUCUUAAGCAGAUCUGCAUUUGAUUCAAAUUUGCUGCUUAGAGCAAAAUUUUUAUUAUUUAGCAAAUGCUGCCAUUAUAAUACUUAGAAUUACAUGGUUUCAGGAAAGCCCAGAUGUUGUUAACAUUGUAGAUAGUGUUUUUUUAAUUUAAAAUUAUUUAUUGUGAGCUUGUUAUCAGUAAGUAUUUUAAAUUAAAAGUAAAAAGUCUAGACAAGGAUUUAAAGAAAAAGAAUCCCCAAAUGCUUCAGCUUGCUACAUACUAUUACUAAUAUAUAAAAAUCAUGGUUGUGUUGCAAUAAAAAAUUAUAUAAAUAAAACGAAGCUGAAUGAAGUCUCUCUCAUACAUUUUUUAUUGCUAUAUAUAAUUUUAUGACUUUUUAACUUUUUAUGAAGCAGUGUUUCUUCGGUGAAUUAUGAGCUGGAUAUCAGCUGUCAGUGUUGGGGAUACAAUUGGAUUUUUUUUCCUAAACAAGACAGGUGUUGUUAAUAAUAUAAGCAUCCCAAUGCUUUACUCCAAAAUUUACAAAUAUACAAGUUCAUAUGUUCAAGGAAAUUCUAAAAGGCCACUUGAGGGUGCAUAAAUUAAAGACAUUGUGCAUGCUUUGUUAAGUCAACAGACCAAAUUUUAGCCAGGGUUCAUCAAAAGAUGCUGGCCAUUGUGUACUGUAAAACUGAUAAAGCUGAUUUUUCUGAUUCUAGCUAGAUCCAUGCCUUCUUUGCAAGAGCAAAUAGUGUAGGAAAUUGAUUCAGAAAAACACUAGUGAAAAUGUGGAAAUGAAGUUGAUGUAAAAAAAGUAAAAGUGGCCAGAGCUCUGAUACUAUUUAAGAUUGAAACCAUGAGUUUAUCGCAUUUGGUGACACCAACCCUAGGGUUCAACUAAGAAGACAUACACUUUUUUAAAAACUAAAUGUUCUAAUUCUCUAUCAUUAUUUUCCCUUAGGCAAUGGGACUAUCAUUUUCAGUACCAAAGGGAGUGCCAGUCCCACCUUCAUUAAAAAACAUAUACAAGGAGAUGUCAUGCGAUAUUCAAAAUUUCAAAGAUCCAGGACAUGGAUGCUUGGAAAAAUGGGCCAGUAAUGGAGUUCUAUUGCUAAAUGCAACAUUGACAGUACGGUAUGUUUUAAUUUGAGUUUUUGGAAUAAAUCCUCUUAUUUUAUAAGAUAAUUAGAAAACUUUGUAGAUUUAAGAUGCUGUACCAAUAUCCAAAGUAAAGUCAACAUAUUAUGAUGAUAUAUGGUCCAUGGGGAAUGAACAAUAAACCAGAAAAGUGCUUGUGGAGGAACAGGUGGGUAACAACUAUUAUUAUUUCUGUACACAUUUGAUGGCAUCUUAUUGAUAUUACAUAUUACAACUUCCUGAAGUCAAAGUCCUGAAAUGGUACAUCAGAUAACCAAUAUCAUGACAAAAAACCCUUGGCAAAAAAGAGAGGCUAAAAAAAUAACAUGAAUUUUAAAAAAAAAUCAAAUUUAUCAUAAGACUUAAGCAAAGAUUCCUGAUUGACAGCAACAUUUAAAAAAUAUAUGUUUUGAAUAUGAAUCAAGUAAAACCAUGUAGCCUAUUAAUUGGUUUACAGGGAAAAAAAUUGGAAAAUUAAAAAAACUAGUAAAAAAAUACAGGUGAAUUGUAUUAAAUAUACUUUAUAAUAUUUAUAAAACACUAAAUGUUUCCAUGUGAAUUUGAAAAUUAAUUUUUGACUGCUGAUGUCUGCACAACUUGUGAAAUUAUAAAUGUCUUUAAAAGAGGACACAAAUAAAACUAAAACUGCACUCCUAAACAAUGUUUUUAAAUUUGAUAAAUUAAAAAUUUAUUGUAUUUUUUUCCCUUCAUUUAUAUUUAUCUCCAGAGCGCAUGAACCUAAUUCACAUAAAAAAUUUGGAUGGGAAAAAUUCACAGAUAGUGUGAUUAAGGUAAUAUCUGAAAAAUGUUCUGGCGUUGUCUUUCUACUGUGGGGAGGAUAUGCACACAAGAAGGAAAAGCUUGUUGAUAUUUCAAAGCAUGUUGUGUUAAAAGAUUCUCACCCAUCACCCCUUAGUUUUGGGAAGUUUAAAGGUUGUAAAUGCUUCUCAAGAGCCAAUGCUGCUUUGAAAAAAUUGGGGGAAGAUGAAAUGGAUUGGAGACUAUAAGUUAGGACUGAAAUUUAAAAAAUAAAAGACAAUAAAAAUUAGAUUGCAUGUCUUGAAAGAUGCACCUGAGCUGAAUUGGGAAUUUGCAAAAAUACAAUGGAUUUACAAUUCUAACCUGACGGAACCUAACUGCUUUAGACAUGAAAACUAGUAAUAAUAUUUAUUGAGAUAUUGUGAAUUUUCUUAUUUGACUUGUGAUAUCUUUCCAUAAUAAAAUACAUGAUUGAAUCAUUACUCAAUGAAAUUAAUGAAAUCAAGUCUUUUUUUAUUUUUUGGCAGAUGUAAAAAUGUAAGUUACUGGUAUGCAAAAAAAAAAAAUCAUCCAGUAUUGGCAAACAACGGAAAACUCAUUGCCCCAGAUUAGAAUGGAUUUUUUUAUUUAAAAAAAAGGUUUACAAUUUUAAAGUACGUGUUAUAUAGGAAUUAAUUGUAAUUUCGCUCAUCUAUUUUAAUACCAGUAGCACAUCGCUUGAAGCCAUGUGGUUUGAUGCCAUGUACAUAAUAAUUCAUCAGCACUUUCAUCAUAUUUCAUGCAUCCAAAACCUCAUACCUAAAAAUCAAUUAAGUGUCUCAUGUAUACACACCCUCUCUACCCAUAACUUUAUACACACCCUCUCUACCCAUAACUUGAAACACUCACCCCAUGACCAUUUAAUUGCACCUUGAUGCAAGCUGUCUGUUUUCUGUCACAACUGGUUUACUCCAUACAGGAUAAACCAAAUCCACAAUUUUACGUAGCUGCCAUGUCUUUUUCCUAUUUGGUUUUUUACAUUUUACUUCAAAUCAUUUCCUUUCCAUUCUUCUUAAUUUUUUUCGGUCUGGUUUUUGUGCCCACUCAUAUUUUUUUCUCUCCUUUUUUAGGUAGGGUAUAACGUAUGUAUAUUUAUAAUAUUAUGAAUACCGGGUAUUUAAUUUGUAGCCUACUUAUUUAAAUGUUUUGUUGUUAUACUGAUGAAG